AUGUCUAUUCCAUUUUCUGGAGGAUUCACUAGAUCUGCUGGGAUUUAUUCAGCUAUUGGAAAGCAACUGAAAAGUGUUAGUUUGAAACCUGUAAAGCAAGUAGUAUUCAAAUUUGAUCCUUUCCGACCAAACGUAAAGACCAUAAGAGAUUGCAUGUUCCUUCUCUCUUCAGCAAAAGUUGUGAACACCAAUCCUCGUUGCAUCGUCAAGACAGAAAUAGCAGAUAACUGUGAACCAACAAUAUCAGUCACACUUGAUAUAGGCAAGAAUCUUUUGUUCAAAACAGAAAAUCUUAAUACCCUUGAAGUCCUCCAACAGUUUAACAAAAUUGUGGUACCUUUACUGCCAAAGGAAGAAGAAGUAGGAAAAAUAGCUGGUAAAAUUGCUGCGGGUGCAGCAGGAAAGGCAGGAGGAAAAGCAGGAGGAAAAUCUAAACCAACUAGAAAAUGAAUGAACGAAAGUUCCCAGGAAGGGAUCCUGGCUCUAUGAAGAUGAUUGAAAACCUCUACUCUCAAGUUCCAGCUUUCAAUGAUCUUUUUGAUGAAGAAAGCUUUUACAUGUUUGUGGUGAUUUUUGUUGCUGGUACUAUUUUGGUUGCCUACAUAGGUUCCAGAUACAUUACCAUCAGACCAGUUGAAUGAGUUCUCUCUUAGUCAUCAAUACAAAUUUUUAAAUGCA